UGUUGAUUACGGCAUAAAGUGAAGAAGGCUCGCGUUUUGUGCAAGAUUAAAAUAUUAUUUAGUGGUUUCUUAGAUUUCCGAACGUGCUUGUUUAUCAGCGAGAAGAUGUGGAGGACUGAUGUGGUGGUGUGUCUUGUUUUAGUAAAACUAGUGGGGUGUUAUGCCAAUAGAGAGCUCAUUCCCCUGGAUCCUCCAGGAAACCUAAGACUUAUCGAAUUUGAAGAGAAAGACGUUCUAAUAGAAUGGGAUGGUAUAGAACCAGCAUCAGUUCGAGGCACCUUUAAAGGAUACUUGGUGAGGAUAUGGAACCACGUUUGGAGCCAAGUCUAUGCUAUUCCCCCCGAAAUGAACAAAACUGCCAUUCAGUUCUAUCCCUAUUCACGAAAUUUUAUUACCGUAGCUGUCAGGAAUGAUAAGUAUGUAGGACCAAGAAGCAAUGCCAUUAGUUUUGAUGCUCCACAAACAGAGCCGAAUAUGCCAUUCUUAUUCGAACACUUUCAACUGGGAGCAAGUUCAGUUCUUCUUCAAUGGAACAAGCCCACUCAACCAAAUGGUGUUCUACUUGGUUACAAUAUCUAUUGUAGUGAGAUGGACGGCGACAUCGUCAAUGAAAAAUCAACUAUUAGAUAUUUUGUCACUGGAGUAGAUAAUUUCCAAGCAAAAUUAACUGGACUGAAGGAGGGAACGAAAUACUUCGUGGAAAUAGGAGCUCUUAAUUGCGCGGGAGAAAGUGAAAGGAAAUCUAUUGAAGUCGAUCUAGAGAUGCACAUUCCAUACGCACCAGCAAUGCCUUCAUUUAAAUACACCAUCGACUUCAACUCGACAGACUUAAAACAAGCAACGAAAGAUAACUGUCACAAGUCAAGAUCUUUCUACUUAUAUGACUUCAAUGCCACAUCUGCGCCCGGAGAGAUAAACUAUCCGAACGACAACGAAAAGAGACCCACCACCCACAACGUAACCCACAAAGACUGGGUCCAUAUCAACACCAACUGCUUGGUAAAUACUAUGAUAAAAUGGAUACCCGAUAUCGAUAACAACCCUGGAGAGCACUUUUACAUCAAAUAUAAGAUAAAGGGAGAACAGGAAUAUUUGAAAGCUGGUCCAGAACUGGAAGAGGACUAUCUGAUUUUGGAAAACUUCAACGCCUGCGUGAAUUACGAGAUCAUUCUGGUUGCUGUUGAUGGGGAGUUUGAGACGGAAAGCGAAAUGCAAGAGACUCCAGCUGUUAUGUUUAAGUUUUAACAAAGCUCUAAUUUAAUAUAUUUAUAUAUUCGCUAAUUUUAUUUAAUAAAAUUUAAUUUUCUUA